AACUCUGUAAUAAUUUGACAUAUGACGUAACCUCAAAUUGUGUGAUUUCGCAAAUCACACAUGUUGUUUAAUUAAGCCCAAGUGCAAUGUUACUGAAGACCCCAAAAUCUGGCUUUCGUAGGUGGUUAAAACGUGGGGCAACUUUUAUGUUUAUUGGUGAAGGCAUUGCUUUUGCUAUUAGUUACGGACUCUGGUACAGUGUUAACACCAAGCGAGAAUAUCGCAAAUAUCUCCACGAUAAUUAUCCCGAGAUCUUGGAAUAUUAUUACAAGAUCGGUGAAACAAUCGAUUCUAACAACAAAAUUCGGCAAAUUGACUACGCCUAUUGGGAGAGUGAAAAACAUUGAUGGCCGAGAGGUUAAUUAAGUCGAUUUUGUGGCUCGUCGCUGGUACAGGUUUAGGGUACGGCUUGCUCGUAACAGUGACUCCAAAUGAAGAAAAUCUGAAAAAAAAAUUGCCAGGAAUCGACAAGUCCCCUGAUUCACUCAACAGAAAACAACAAUUUGUCAACGUAUUACAGUCAGCUUCCAACUCAUCCCAGCCUUUGUACCGCCUAAAUAAAGAAAGCAUUGAUAAAGAAAUUCGAAAAUAG